AUGUUCUCCUUGGAAGAGGAGCCAUUCCAUCUCAGUUACGAGUUUGUCCACCACAUCACUCUUCCAGGCUUGUCUCCAAUCUAUAGUGAGAUCCAUUGUGACGCAAACUACGAGCUCUGCCAAUUGACCGUCGGUGAAGGUGAAAUUAACGCUGCUUCCAGUUUGACCGCUUUCGCUUUGUCUCCACUCUUCGACUUGAGCUCUACCUUCUUCUUGAUUGCCGGUAUUGCUGGAAUCUCCCCAUUGCAAGGUACCAUCGGUGAUGUUACCUUCGCUAGAUUUGCCGUCCAAAUUCUUGAGUACGAAGUCGACGCAAGAGACCUUCCUUCCAACUGGACCACAGGCUACUUUGCCUUGGGUUCCGAAGAACCUGGCCAGUAUCCUGAAAAUAUCUAUGGCACAGAAGUGUUUGAGUUGAACGCAAACUUAAGAGACCGUGCUCUAUCCUUAGCACAAGGUGCCUUCCUUUUCAACGGUAGUGCCACUAACGAAGAGUUCAGAUCCACCUAUAACUACUCCCCUGCCAACAAACCUCCAAAGGCAAUUGCUUGCGACACCUUGACAGGUGACACAUAUUGGUUCGGUGAGCUUUUGGACCAAACUUUUGCCAAUUACACUUCUUUGAUCACAAAUGGUACUGGUACCUACUGCACAACCCAACAAGAAGACAACGCAAGUUUGGAAGCUCUCAUCAGAGCUGCAAUGUAUGGUUUAGUUGACUUUAGCAGAAUCGUCGUUAUGAGAACCGCCUCUGACUUCACCUACUCCAACGACUACGCUGGAAACAAGACUGUUGAAUUCUUCGACGACGUCUACCAGGGUGGUAUCACCGCAUCAGUUGUCAACUUGGUUUACGCAAGUAAGCCUUUCAUUAGCGACAUCUUGGACAACUUCGAACUCUAUGAUAGCGGAAUUUAUGGUCCUGACAACUAUAUCGGAGACUUCUUCAACUCUCUUGGUGAUGAUCUUUCUUUCAGAACCUGGGGUACACCAGAAUGGGGCACUGCUUAA